AUGGAAACCUCUUGGGCUUGGAGUAUCCGGGCUUGUCUGGUAUCGUUUCCUGUGGAGCAGACCACUAUUGAAACUAACGGGUACUUUCCCAGCUCCGCAAGAGAUCAGCUUGCUCAUCAAACUGUUGCUGUAAAGAAACUCGCGGAACCUUUCAAGACUCCGACUAUUGCAAGACACAUGUUCCGAGAGAUGAAAUUACUGAGACAGUUGCGACAUGAAAACAUCAUCAACCUGACCGAUCUAUUUAUUUCUCCUUCUGAAGACAUAUACAUUGUGACCGAACUGAUGGCAACCGACCUUAAUACAAUUCUCAAGGCGAAAAAGGUCGAGGACCAAUUCGCCCAAUAUUUCAUGUAUCAGAUAAUGCGUGGCUUAAAAUAUCUACAUUCAGCCGGUGUCAUCCAUCGAGAUCUAAAACCAAGCAACAUUUUGGUGAACGAGAACUGCGAUCUGAAAAUAUGUGACUUUGGCCUGGCCCGCAUCCAAGAAUCUCACAUGACUGGCUAUGUCUCAACAAGAUACUACCGUGCCCCGGAGAUCAUGCUGACAUGGCGAAAAUACACGGAAAAAGUCGAUAUGUGGAGUGCCGGGUGCAUCUUCGCGGAAUUACUUCUGGGCGAGCCUUUGUUCCCGGGAACAAAUCAUAUUAACCAGUUUUGUGUUAUCACAGAUCUACUUGGUAAUCCCCCCGAGGGAGUGAUCAACAAUAUUACAAGCGAAAAUACAUUGAACUUUAUCAAUUCACUUCCUAAGCGAGAACGCAAACCAAUAUCACAGCUUAUCCCUAAAGCCAACGCAGGUGCGGCUGUAUUGAUCGAAAAAAUGCUUGAAUUCGACCCUCAAAAGCGAAUCUCAGCAACAGAAGCCCUCUCCUCCCCGUAUCUCGCACCAUAUCACGAUCCUAACGACGAACCAGUCGCAGCAGAAGCAUUCGAUUGGGCCUUCCUUGAGGCAAACCUUCCAGCCGAUAUUUGGAAAACCAUCAUGCAAGUCUUAAAUUUAAUGCGCGUUGACACAUCCCCGAGUCUUCUUCUGACCAGUCCUACUAGGUACGGUGAGGUGCUGGCAUUUCACUCAGAUAUGAACCAUACAGGCCAGAGCGGGCCGAUGAAAUCAAUACACCAGGUGGACGGAAUGGACAUUGGUUAA